UGUAGCUGUAAUAAGUUACUCGUUAACGCUCUUGACGCGCGCACGCAUACUCACACGCCCGCGCACGCACAGAAGGCGGAAAUGCGGCGGAUGUCGGUGAUGUUCGCGCAGAGCUACAGGAUUAUUACAGACUCUGUCCGUGGGGCUCUGCUGGCCUCAUGAUGAUGGGGAAGUACUUCUUCAGCGAGACGGACAUCAAGAGCCCUUGGGAUCAGGUGUUGGCAGCCUUCUGGCUGAGAUACCCAAACCCAUACAGCACUCAUGUUCUGACGGAGGACGUAGUUUUCCGCGAGGUGACGCCGGAUAACCAGCUCCUGUCCCGGCGGCUCCUGACGAAGACCAAUCGUCUCCCUCGCUGGGCGGAGCGCGUCUUCCCCGGAAAUCUGUCGCGUUCGGUUUACAUCAUCGAGGAUUCGGUGGUCGACCUCCAAAACAGAAGCCUCACGACGCUGACCUGGAACGUAAAUCACGCUAAACUCAUGCGUGUGGUGGAGCGCUGUGUGUUUGCGGGCGAACAGGACCGGCCUGUUUGGACACGGAUCACCAGAGAAGCCUGGAUCUCAUCCGGAGUCUUUGGCCUCUCCAGACCCAUUCAGGAGUUCGGUUGGGCCAGGUUCAGGAGUAAUCAGGUGAAAGCCAUGAAGGGUUUGGAGCAUGCACUGUCCAAUCUGCAGAAAGCAUCGGCCGUGUGUCCUGGAGAUUCGGCCGAGAAACACAAAAACAUCGAUUCAGCCUCCAAAACCCAGAAACCUCAGCAAUACAUAUGACCAAAGCAUCGGCCGUGUGUCCUGGAGAUUCGGCCGAGAAACACAAAAACAUCGAUUCAGCCUCCAAAACCCAGAAACCUCAGCAAUACAUAUGACCAGUAUGAACAAAUAGUGAAUGUCAUGAUCAUAUCAGGUCACCCCAAAAAAUCUGAACAAAAUCAAAUGCAUUUACGAAUAUUACAAAUUUAUUUAAUCAAAACACUAUUUUUAUGACCAUUAUAUUUCCCCCAGUUCUCAUCACUGCUAUGCUAGAAGAUUAUUUUAACUGUGAAGUAUUUAUUUAUAUAUCAUUGUAGCAUUUGUUGUACUGCCUUUAAGCUGAUUUCAAUUUAAAAACAAAGUUACUGUAUUGCAAAACGGUUUAACUAUAAUACAGAAAGAAAUGAUUAAAUAAUACUGAGUUUGACUGAGUUUAUAUCACAAAACUGAGUUUAUAUCACAAUUCUGUUUAAUUCUCGCAAAACUGAGUUUAUAUCGCAAUUCUGUUUAAUUCUUGCAAAACUGAGUUUAUAUAACAAUUCUGUUUAAUUCUCGCAAAACUGAGUUAAUAUCGCAAUUCUGAGUUUCAAUAUCGCAAAAUUUAGUUUAUAUCGCAAAACUGAGUUAAUACCACAAAACUUAGAUUAUAUCGCAAUUCUGUGUAUAAUUCUCGCAAAACCAUGCUUAUAUCACAAAACUGAGUUUAUACCGCAAUUCUGAGUUUCAAUAUCGCAAAAACGAGUUUAUAUCGCAAUUCUGAGUGUAAUUCUUGUAAAACCAUGCUUAUGUCACAAAACUGAGUUUAUAUCGCAAUUCGGAGUUUAAUUCUCACAAAACUGGGUUUAUAUCGCAAUUCUGAGUUUCAAUAUCGCAAAACUGAGUUUAUAUCGCAAUUCUGUUUAAUUCUCACAAACCUGACUUUAUAUCGCAAUUCUGAGUUUCAAUAUCACAAAACUGAGUUUAUAUCGCAAAAUUGAGUUUAUACCGCAAAACCGAGUUUAUAUCGCAAAACAGUUUAUUUCGCAAAACCGAGUUUAUUUCGCAAUUCUGAGUUUCAAUAUCACAAAACCGAGUUUAUAUCACAAAACCGAGUUCAUAUCGCAAAACCGAGUUUAUUUAGCAAAACCGAGUGUAUAUCGCAAUUCUGAGUGUAAAUCUUGCAAUUCUGAGUUUAAAUCUCACAAUACUUAGUUAAUAUUGCAAUAAUGAGAUAAUAUCUUGGAAUCCUGCUUAAAUUUCAUAAUUCUGAGAUUAUAUCGCAAUUCUGAGUUUAUAUUUUCCAAUUCUGAGUUUAAAUCUCACAAUAUAUAUAUAUAUAUAUUACUGCUGUCUUUUCUCUUCAGAAUUGUGACCUUAUAUAAAAAAAAAAAAAAGAACUGUGAUACAGAAACUCAAAACUGCGAGAAAAAAAAGGCUAAAUUGUGAGAUAAAAGGUCGCAAUUACAUUACAUUACAUUUUCUUUUUUGGCCUCCAUAGAUAUAUGACCUGAACGUGUUUUCAUGAGAUUCACUUACCCAGAGAAUCCUGCGAGGUGACCUAGUUUCAUGGCUGCUAAAUAAAGUAACGGGAAAGCUCAGGUAACGGUGAAUAUGAAGACUGAAGAGGAUCAUGCUGUCCCUGUACCAUGAGUUUAGAAAUACGGUUAAUUAACUUAGGGACAUAUACUCUGCAACUGUUUACAACUGAUGUAACUCAUAGUAGAGCUGUAUACACACACACACACACACACACACAUACUGUAUACAAUAUAUAUAAAGUGCUGUGCAAAAAAAGAAGUCUUUUAAGCCUUUUUCUCUCAAAAAAUAUUAUUCAGAUCAUAUAAUUUGUAAAGAAAGUAGAGAUAUUUUAACACAUUGCUGUAUAUACAUCAUAUUAUCAGUUUAUAUCAAAUAAUACACUGGAUUUCAGGUCACAAGUUUAACGUGAUCAAUCUCUGACAGCCUCUUUUAAUUUUAAUGUCUAGUGUAAUAAUAUGAGAAAAUGCACAGUUUAAUUUUAAGAAUGUGUUAAUUUAUAAAACUAUAAUUUGUUGUAAUAUUUGUUUUGCUCUAUUCAUAAUAUGUUUUUAAUUGCAUUCCUUCACAGAUGCUUUAGUGUGAAAUGUAAGGUGUUAGAAUGAAGAAUAUUAUCGUGAAAGUUAAUAUUUAAUUGUUUUGUUUGUGUAUUCAUUUUGCUUUUUCUUGAAAAGACGAGACAUGGAAGCUUUAAAUAAAGAAAUAAACAAUGAAA